GGGAGCCAUCCCGGCGCCUGCGCGCUGCUGAGGCGGUGGCAGCGGCCUGAAGAAUCCCGCGGGGAGAGUGGGUGGCGGUGGUGGUUGUGGCGGUUUGGCGUGUCGCUGGGCGGCCGUGAUCGCGCGCCACGAUGCCUGCGGUGUCGAAGGGCGAUGGGAUGCGGGGCCUGGCGGUCUUCAUCUCUGAUAUCCGUAACUGUAAAAGUAAAGAAGCAGAGAUAAAGAGAAUAAAUAAAGAACUAGCAAACAUUCGGUCAAAAUUUAAAGGUGACAAGGCUCUAGAUGGUUACAGUAAGAAAAAAUAUGUCUGCAAACUACUUUUCAUCUUUCUCCUGGGGCAUGACAUUGACUUUGGUCACAUGGAGGCUGUAAACCUGCUCAGUUCUAAUAGAUACACAGAGAAACAAAUUGGCUAUCUCUUCAUCUCCGUGCUGGUGAACUCUAACAGUGAGCUGAUUCGCUUAAUAAACAACGCGAUCAAGAAUGAUCUGGCCAGCCGCAACCCCACCUUCAUGGGGCUUGCUCUGCACUGUAUUGCUAAUGUGGGUAGCCGGGAGAUGGCGGAAGCUUUUGCUGGAGAAAUUCCAAAAAUACUUGUAGCUGGAGAUACUAUGGACAGCGUAAAGCAGAGUGCUGCCUUAUGCUUGCUGCGUUUGUAUAGAACUUCUCCUGACCUUGUUCCCAUGGGAGACUGGACGUCUAGAGUGGUACAUCUCCUCAAUGACCAGCACUUGGGUGUGGUUACUGCAGCUACAAGUUUGAUCACCACUUUGGCACAGAAGAACCCAGAAGAGUUUAAAACUUCAGUCUCCUUGGCAGUAUCUAGAUUAAGCAGAAUUGUAACUUCUGCAUCUACAGAUCUUCAGGACUAUACAUACUACUUUGUUCCUGCUCCUUGGUUAUCUGUGAAACUUCUGAGGCUGUUACAGUGCUACCCACCUCCAGAAGACCCUGCAGUACGUGGUCGUCUAACAGAAUGCCUGGAAACUAUUCUUAACAAAGCACAGGAGCCACCGAAGUCAAAAAAAGUACAACACUCAAAUGCAAAGAAUGCUGUGCUGUUUGAGGCAAUAAGCUUAAUUAUACAUCAUGACAGUGAGCCAAAUCUACUAGUCCGUGCCUGUAACCAGCUAGGUCAAUUCUUGCAGCACCGAGAAACUAAUUUGCGUUACCUAGCACUGGAAAGCAUGUGCACGCUUGCCAGCUCUGAAUUCUCACAUGAGGCUGUGAAAACACACAUAGAAACAGUUAUCAAUGCAUUGAAGACUGAAAGAGAUGUAAGUGUACGACAAAGAGCUGUAGAUCUACUGUAUGCAAUGUGUGACCGAAGCAAUGCCCAACAGAUUGUGGCUGAAAUGCUGAAUUACUUGGAGACUGCUGAUUAUUCCAUUAGAGAAGAAAUUGUUUUGAAAGUUGCAAUUCUAGCUGAGAAAUAUGCAGUGGAUUAUACCUGGUAUGUGGAUACAAUCUUGAAUCUGAUUCGCAUUGCUGGUGACUAUGUCAGUGAAGAAGUGUGGUAUCGAGUUAUUCAGAUUGUCAUCAAUAGGGAUGAUGUUCAAGGGUAUGCAGCAAAGACUGUUUUUGAGGCUCUUCAAGCUCCAGCAUGCCAUGAGAAUCUUGUAAAAGUAGGUGGCUACAUAUUGGGAGAAUUUGGAAAUCUGAUAGCAGGUGAUCCAAGAUCAAGUCCUCUCAUCCAGUUCAACCUGCUACAUUCCAAGUUUCAUCUGUGUAGUGUUCCUACCCGAGCUCUGCUUCUGUCUACCUACAUCAAGUUUGUGAACCUGUUUCCAGAAAUCAAAACUACAAUUCAAGAUGUAUUGCGCAGUGACAGUCAGCUGAAGAAUGCUGAUGUUGAGCUGCAGCAGAGAGCUGUUGAGUAUUUAAGGCUCAGUACUAUUGCCAGUACUGACAUAUUGGCUACAGUGCUGGAAGAAAUGCCUCCUUUUCCAGAGAGGGAAUCUUCUAUUUUGGCUAAACUCAAGAAGAAGAAAGGCCCAGGCACAGUUACUGACCUGGAAGAGAUCAAAAAGGAGAGGAGCUCUGAUAUGAAUGGAAGCGCUGAACCUGCUUCUGUCAAUGCCAGUGCUGUUUCUACUCCUUCUCCAUCUGCGGAUCUGCUGGGUCUGGGUGCUGCCCCUCUCGCCAAUUCAGCUCCCCCACCGUCCUCUAGUGGUAGCCUGCUGGUGGAUGUAUUUUCAGAUUCAGCUUCUGCAGUUGCACCUCUUGCUCCUGGUUCUGAUGACAACUUUGCGAGCCCUGACCUGGCUUCAUCUGAGGUAGUUUCUGAGGAACCAGCUGAUACUGUGCAUGAUGCUGAUGAGCUUUUUCACAAGUUUGUGUGUAAAAAUAAUGGAGUCUUAUUUGAAAAUCAGUUGCUACAGAUUGGAUUGAAAUCUGAAUUUCGACAGAACCUGGGACGUAUGUUCAUAUUCUAUGGUAAUAAGACAUCAACACAGUUCUUGAAUUUUACUCCAACAGUAAUCUGCUCAGAUGACCACUUCUUAUGCCUGAAUCUUCAGACAAAGCCUGUUGACCCCACAGUGGAUGGAGGUGCACAGGUUCAACAGGUUGUGAACAUCGAGUGUGUGUCAGACUUCAUGGAAGCUCCAAUCCUGAACAUUCAAUUCAGGUAUGGUGGAACAUUUCAAAAUCUUUCAGUAAAAUUACCCAUCACUCUGAAUAAAUUUUUCCAGCCGACAGAGAUGUCAUCUCAAGACUUUUUUCAGCGUUGGAAGCAACUGAGCAAUCCAAAACAGGAAGUACAGAAUAUCUUUAAAGCAAAACACCCGAUGGAUGCAGAGAUCACAAAAGCUAAGAUUAUUGGCUUUGGAUCAGCCCUACUUGAGGAGGUAGAUCCAAAUCCUGCAAAUUUUGUGGGUGCUGGUAUCAUACACACAAAAACUACUCAGAUUGGAUGCUUGCUGCGCCUUGAACCCAACCUCCAGGCACAGAUGUACAGGCUCACACUACGAACAAGUAAAGAAGCUGUAUCUCAGAGAUUAUGUGAAUUGCUGUCAGAACAGUUUUAAUAUUAACCAUGUCAGUUUGGUUUUCUUCCAUUUAUAUCACUGUCAUCAUACUGCAAAUAAAUGUCUUGUACAUCACUGUCUUGAGUACUGCACUGUUAACCAUUAUCAGCUCCCUGCCUUAUUAGGACUUGACCCUUGUUUGAAAUUAAGCCUAUAAAAUGUACAGUACAGGGAAGUGACUUUCCACAUUAGAAAUGGCUUUUAGUGCGUUACACAAAGAUGUGUAGGCUCUCUUGUGCUCCUUUUUUCUUUGCAGAGGACCAGUUUUUAAACUCAGUAAAGGGAAAUUUAUUUAGGUGUAGUAACCAAGGAUUUCAACUGGAAAGGGCUAGUAACGUUCUGCCUUAAGGAGCACCUGCUAAAGCACUCAGCUCUGAACUGAAAGAAACCAAUGUAAUGCUGCUCAGUAAAGUUAAUUCGGAUGUUAGAGUCAAACUUUAUAAAGUGGAACAUUGCCACAAGUCUUGUACUGGUUGGAAGGGCAUGUACGUUUGAAUCUGAUUCAAGUGAACAUUUAUGUUGAGUGUCACCAAUCUUUGUGUUUGAAAAAAGCCACAGGACCAGAGUCUUAAAGUAUUAAUCUUGUAAUCCUUCACAUCUAAAUGUUUUCUGAUCUCUGGAAAGUGGACUGAACACAAAAGCUAUUCUUAAUCCUGCUUGUCUCAGUGAGGUGAACCGCUCUGGUAGGUGGUGAAUGGGUACACACUUAUUCAUGGUUAGUCAAAGUAAGGUUAAAUAUUCUCUUCUGUGGUUUUUGUUUCCCAUCAGACUUAGCAAGUAGUAGUCCUAAUGAUAUGAUAUAACUAACUCUACAGGGUCUGGUAUUGU